AAUGACCGCAGUGUCUGCAAACGGAAAAACUACCGAAAAGCACGAAAAUGGUGCUCACACCAAUGGAACGACAAAUGGAACGACGAAUGGAUCAAUGAAUGGAAAUGAAAUAAGCCAUGUUCAGAAACUUCAGCCAGUUUAUUACAAGCCGCCACAAAAUUUGGAAACUUUUGAAUUGUCACUCAGAAAUCAUUUUGAAGAGAAAACAAAUAAGAAAUUUGCUGACUACCGUGAAUUUCACCGAUUCACUUGUGAUAAUUAUGGUAUUUUCUGGGAGGAUUUGCUCAAAUUGUCCGAUGUGAAGCUUCAUCAAAACUACAACCAGGUUAUCGAUCAUAAUUUGAAAAUCAACGAGAGACCGAGAUGGUUCAAUGGUGCUACUCUCAACUAUACUGAAAAUGUCAUCGAAAGAGGAACCGCCACCGAUAUUGCUGUAUUGAAUGCCAGUAUCGAAGAAACAGUGACAGAAUAUACUUACGACAACUUGCGCAAAGAUGUUUAUCGCAUUGCCACAUCUCUUCGUAACUAUGGAAUCGGACCCGGAGACACUGUUUGCGGCUUUGUUCCAAACACAUAUGACACACUGGUGGCUGUUUUUGCCACAGCCGCUGUCGGAGCUGCCUGGUGCUCAGCGUCUGUUGAUUUUGGACCUGCUGGUGUUCUUGACAGAUUCAGACAAGUUCACCCCAAGGUUUUGUUCACAGUGAAUCAUGUGACUUACAAGAAGAAGCUCAUUGAUCAGACCGAUAAAAUUAAUGAAAUUGUAAAAGAGCUCCCAACUCUCGAGAAAAUCGUUGUAUCCGACACCUUCACAUCUGUAAAAUUCGAUGCAACAAAGUACAAUCAAAGUGACAAGUUCUCAUCACUCGAAGAAUUCAAGACUCCCAUUGCCGAUGUUGUGUUGCCAUUUGUAUAUACUCCAGUACCAUUUUCCGAUCCACUCUUCGUAAUGUUUAGCUCAGGAACCACGGGAAUUCCAAAGGCAAUGGUUCACACGGUCGGAGGAACCUUGCUCAAGCACAUUGAGGAGCAUUUGGUGCAAGGAGAUUCAAAGAAACACGAUCGUAUGUUUUUCUACACUACAUGUGGAUGGAUGAUGUAUAAUUGGAUGAUCUCGUUCCUAUACUCCAAAGGAUCUGUUGUAUUAUUCGAUGAAUGCCCAUUGGCUCCUGACACCCAUAUUAUCAUGAAAAUCGCUGCAAAGACACAAUCGACUAUGAUUGGAAUGGGUGCGAAGCUUUAUGAUGAAUACCUCCGACUUCAAAUUCCAUUCAACACAUUGUACGACCUUUCCAAAAUACACACAGUCUACUCGACAGGUUCGCCAUUGAAGAAAGAGUGCUUCGCUUAUAUCAACACUUAUAUUGCGCCAGGCGCUCUCAUCGCGUCGAUUUCUGGAGGAACUGACAUUAUUGGAUGCUUUGUCGGUGGUAUCAAGUCAUUGUCAAUCACGCCAGGAGAGUGUCAGUGUUUGUUCCUGGGAAUGGAUAUUAAGUCAUUCAAUUACAUGGAUGAAGAAAUCAUUAACUCUGACGAACAAGGAGAGUUAGUGUGUGUCACCCCAUUCCCCUCAAUGCCAUCACAUUUCUUGAAUGACACGGAUGGCAAGAAGUACCGUGAUGCCUACUUUGCUCGCCUAGAACCAUUUUGGGCUCAUGGUGAUUUUGUGAGAGUGAAUCAUUCUACGGGCGGUGUAGAAAUGCUCGGAAGAAGUGAUGCUACAUUGAAUCGCGGCGGAGUUCGAAUUGGAACAGCUGAGAUUUAUUCGGUUGUUGAAAAAAUUCCACAUAUUGCUGAUUGCAUUGUAGCUGGAAGACUUGUCGAAGAGGGCAUGGACGAGGAAGUUUUGCUGUUUGUGAAAAUGGUUCCGGGUCAAGAGCUCACACACAGUAUCCAGGCAGCCAUUGUUUCUAAACUCCGGAACGACAUGUCCCCGCGACAUGUUCCAAACAAAAUUUACGCAGUUGAUGAUAUUCCGUAUACUUCAAGCGGAAAGAAAGUGGAAGUUGCCGUUAAGCAAAUUGUGAGUGGAAAGGCCGUCCAGAAAGCGUCUUCGAUUCGCAAUCCAGAAUCUCUUGAUCAUUUCGUUCAAUACAGACUUUAAUCUUUAAUUUUAUUUCAACGGUUUAUUUGUUUCUGUUUCUGAAAAUUAUAUAUUCACGCUUUCCUUCUUGCUCAUUGCCUGAACCUGUUUUUCUCAUUCAUGUCAUCAUCAACAUCAAUUUUUGAGCUUUGUGGUCCUUUACAUUCUCACCUUCAAAUCUAAUUUAAAACUUUGUGUUAAUUCAUUCAUAUUUCCCCUUAUGUUAGCACCCAGGUUUUCUUUAUUUGCACCGGUUUCUCUCUCACUCCCCAACGAAAUAACUCUGAUUUCACUGUUCCGUCGUCAUCAAAAAAUAAAUCCCUGUGAAAUACUUUGAAAGAGGAAGAAAAUUUAAUGGUUUCAUUAUCAUUAAGGAAUAAACAUUUUGCACU